UUCCCAAUUUUUGUAUAUCGAUUUGUGUUAUCACCCGGUUGCCAUCUCUAUUAAGCUCAACCUGAUUUAUUAUUUUAUAGUUCAAAAGCUAUUAUUUAAUUCUAUAAUUUACAAAUUCGUACAAGAUGACCAACAACGAAACGGCGGGCGAUGCCCCUAGCUCUAGUCGAGCAAGCGGAAGCAAACAGCAGCCCAAACUGGAGAUUACCGAGAAGGUGAAGGUUCUGUGCUUACACGGAUAUCGCCAGAAUGGAGAUGCAUUCAAAAACAAACUAGGAUCGUUUCGAAAGUUUGCAUCAAAGUAUGCAGAGUUCGUCUUUAUUUCCGCCCCACAUGUGGCAGCUGCUUUAGAAUCAUCCGCAGAGCCGGUGCCGGAACAGCGCAGCUGGUGGGCGAACAAAGAUGAUGGGACGUUUAAGGGCACCAACAAAGGUGGGCCGGCAUAUGGCUUCCAGGAGAGCUUGCGCCUGGUGGAAGAGACGUGGCGUACGCAAGGACCCUUCCAAGGACUCUUAGGCUUUUCCCAAGGCGCCUGUUUUGUGGGUCUCAUAUGCGGAUUGGCCAAAAAGAAAUUAACUUCCAUCCGUCCUGAGUUCGCGGUACUUUCCUCAGGCUUCCUUUCCGGCAGCCUGGUACACAUGAGUGCCUACGAGGAGUGCAUCACCAUACCCACACUACACAUAUAUGGGCAGACGGAUGAAAUUAUUCCAAAAGUGAUGAGUCAAGCGCUGGCUGCACAGUUCAAGAGCGUGGAAAUUUUAGAACACAGCGGCGGCCAUUACUUCCCGGCGACGGCACAGCAAAAGCAAACUUUCAUUAACUUCUUCCAGGACCGGCUACAAGAAUAUCUAGAACAUCAGGAGCUGCAGCAGAGUGGAAAUGCCUCAUUUAUUGAGAGUGGCGGGGAAGAUGGAGAAGGCGACGGCGAUGCCAAUGAUGCUGAGGUGGCUGCCAUGACAGCAGCUGCAGGGUCCGGAUCGGAACUAGGCGAUAGUGAUUAGUAAACGUUUGUUUUUCCUAAUACAAUUUUAUAAAACGAAAAA